GCCCCCCCGGGCCAGUUUCACAAUCCCGCAGCAUUCGGACGGGGCAAGCGCUCGGUCGCGCACACACCCCCGUGUUCUCAUGCCGGAUUUUCCCGGGCCAUGAAUAAUCUCGAAGCCCCCUCGAUAAAUACACGUUCAGGGAUGCCUGGAGCUCAUUCAACCCACCAGCCUCACCGACGAGAAGGGGCCGGGGCCGGAGCAGAGAAGCCGCACCAUGAAGUUUCCCCAGGGCUGUGACUGUGAUCAUGACUGUGGCCGUGACCGCUCUGGCCGCCGCCGGCCGCCCGCCCUCCGCGCCGCCGUCCUGCCGCCGCCGCUGUUGCUGCUCUUGCUGCUGCCGCGGGCUGCCGCCGCCCCGCUGCCCGCCGCCGACUCCUCGGGGGAGGCCGAACUGGAGGAGGCGGCGGCGCGGAGAGCGGCGCUGCCAGAUUCGGUGCGGCUGGCCCGGCUGCUGCACGACCGGGCCACCCAGCUGCAGCAGGAGAUGUGCGAGAAGUUUACCGUCUGCGAGAACAGCAUGGAAAUGCUCCUCCGGAACGACCUCAACCUCCCAAAAGUGACAGAGGAAGAUGGAUGUCUGCUCACCGGCUUCGAUGAGGAUAAAUGCUUGAGGAAGAUCUCCAGCGGGCUUUAUACAUUCCAGACAUACCUCGAAUACAUAAAAGAAACUUUUGCUAGUGAAAAGCAAAAUGUUGAAUCAUUGUGCUAUAGCACAGAGCACCUGGCACAUACCAUAAGACAGAUGGUGACCAAUCCUGAUGAAGUGAUGAUUCCAGACCCAGCUACCCGGGAAUCCCUCCGUGCAAAGCUGAGGACCAGUAAGAGCUGGAUAGAGAAAAUAACCACCCACCUCAUCCUGCGAGACUUUACUUCCUUCAUGGAGAAAACUGUGAGGGCCGUUCGCUAUCUGAGAAACACCGGGAGUUUCAGUGCCUGA